GAUCUGGUCCAGGGAAUCGGUGUCUUCCUUCCCCCAUGAAGCAAACUUCUCCAACCUUGAACCCUCUAGAUGCCAUGAAUUCCUAUAGUUCUCGCCAGCGCGGCAAGGACGUGUUGGAUGCGGUGCUGGCAGUUUUAAUUCAGUGCAUAUGGACAGCGCCAGUAUGCAGGUAUCAGAUCGUGAUGGUGGAGUGUCCACAGGGAAUGGAUUAGACGCUGCCACAGCAUCUGAUGCCCAGCAAGUUUCGCCCUCUCACCCUAAGCCUCCUUCCUUGGACCUCUUUAAUCUGGUGGUAUCCUAUAAGCAACUAGAGCUGUACCUGGAACCACUGCAGGAUGUUGCUGAAGGAGUGUGGUUCCUCCUCAGCUGGCAGAUGCCCUUCUGCUCUCUCCUUACUUGUUUGGGUGUCAACUUUCUGCUGCUUACUCUGAGUGAAGCUGCUUGGUAUGGGCUGUGUGCCCUGCUCAUCUCAGUGCCUGCCAUGCUCGGCUAUCUACAGGAAACAUGCCACAUCCGUCUUACUGAAGAGCAGCUGGCACGCCGUAGGUAUCACAGUGUGCGGAGAGAAGAUGUGAGAAAAGUUCAACUUUCUCGAAAUGAGGCUGUGGCUGAAGUUAAGGGCUUCCUGAUCCGAUUAGAAGUGCUCCUGAACAGGCUGUGUGGUGGCUGUGAGGCAGCUUACCGUGUCUUGUUCUGGGAGAACCCUACUGUCUCCUCCCAGUUUUAUGGGAUGCUGAUGGGUUCAGUUUGUGCCGUUUACCUGCUGCCCCUCUGCUGGAUCUUUGUUCUUCUUAAUAGUACCCUUUUCUUGGGCAAUGUGGCAUUUUAUCAAGUGAUGCUAGACCUAAAGUCAGCUGUAGAGCAGCGCUUAGGUUUCAAAUCCAUCCCUGUGGCUCCAGAGCCUGAAGAGCUGGAUCCUGGAGAAGUGGAAGCUACUGUCUUGCCAGAUUGGACACCUACCCUGACUGGGACUGAGGACCUAACUCCUGGCAGUGUGGAGGAAGCAGAGGAAGCAGAACCUGAUGAUGAAUUCAAGGAUGCAAUUGAGGAGGAAGACGACAUCUCUCAGGGCUCAGGAGAGUUUGAGCUUGGCCUUCCUGACAGUCCCUUUAUGAGCAGGAAUGAUGUGAUUCGUAGCAGGGUGUCACGGUUGACAGAACGACUGCGCAAACGUUAUCCAACCAACAACCUUGGAAACUGUGCAAGCUGUUCUGCCACUUUCUCUGUCUUGAAGAAGAGGGUGAGUCUUUUCUCCAGCCCACCAACUCCCUCCCUGGCCUGUUUCCAUUUUCUUCUUCCCCUGCUUCAUCCUCUUGUGGAUCUCAGACGGAGCUCUGCAGCCUGCUCACUCACUCACUCGUCUCCUUGCCUCUUUUCCUUCUCUAGCGAAGCUGCAGCAACUGUGGGAACAGUUUUUGCUCCAGGUGCUGUUCUUUCAAAAUUCCCAAGAGCUACAUGGGGGCUACAGCCCCAGAUGCCCAGCGAGAGACUGUCUUUGUAUGUGGGCAGUGUAACCAAGCACUCACCAAGUGAGGAGCCCAUAUGGAAUCCAAUCUUCAGAUGAAUCUGCUGGGGAUCUCACACUACACUAGCUGCUACUUGAAGGGAGACAAGCAACGGCACUGCAUCUUUUCUUCCUCCCUAUACUUGUAAAAAAAAAAAAGGAGGGCAAGCACAUCUAACCUGCUGACUGCUCUGUGUGCUCCUGCUCUCUUCCUUGAAAGCAACUGAGGAGGUCUCUGCAAUCCUGGCUGUGUGGAGGAUUCUUCAUGCACUAAACCAGGGGUCUCCAACCUUGGCAACUUUAAGACUUGUGGACUUUUAACUCCCAGAAUUCCUCAGCCAGCUUUGCUCGUUGAGGAAUUCUGGGAGUUGAAAUCCACAAGUUUUAAAGCUGCCAAGGUUGGAGACCCGUGCACUAAACUACUGUAGGCUUCCUUCCCUUCUCCCAAUUCUCCCAAGAGCAAAUAUUUCUAGUCUGCGGCACCAUUUUUUUUUCCUGGAGUUUGGCUGGCAGGAGGUUGGCUGUCCUCAUUUUUGAAAGGUCACCCUUGGCACUUGAACUCCUCAAACCUCUCAAAGUGUUUUGCUAUUGCUGAGGUGCCAUCCCUCUCUUUCUGUGUGUUUGUGUGUUCUGAAAUGAAGGCUGGGUCUUUGUUCAGAUGAUGGUUAUAGUUGGCUCUGAGAGCAGGCUUUGCAGGGCCAAGAGGAUCAACUGUAGUUGUGCAACCGACGAGGUAGCUGGAUCUACUUUUUCUGCCUAUUUCAGGUGAGGAUAAUGUUUCCCUCUCUUUUCUAUUUCCAUGCCACUGGCUUUAUUUUGUUGGUUUUUAUCUAAAGCCCCUUUUAUCAUGAUCAGACUAGGAUCUGGAAAAUGUGUGGUUUUCGGCCCUGCCUUGUUAGAAGGCAGAGGCUGUAGUUAACUAGGGGUUUUGCUAAUAGCAAAGCCUAGCUGAAAGUCAGGGAGCUUCCUUAAGAGAUAGAUCACUUCUACAGAAGUGAGACAUGGUUGGUCUAUUGCAGAGUAAUAUAUAUAUUCUACCAAUAAGCAAAAUCCUUGGGUGUGAAGACAACAUUUUUGGAAUUUGAGGUAAUUUUUAUUGCUGUGAUGACUAUAGGGUCCCUGCUAUGGAUAAAUAUUUCUGGAAGAGGAGCAUCAUUAGGUAGAUAGAACAAUGGAAUAUAGCAUGGUAGGGACUAAGAGAAUGAGAGCAGGACAAUACAUGAUAGGGUGGGUUUCUUCAAAACAGACAUAUUGUGUCUGUAACAUGCUGACGCUAGUGGGAUAUGAGAUGGAGGAAUAAUAUAAGUAAUACUAAAUGCCAAAAGGAAAUGUGUGUGUGUGUGUGGAGUUGACAGUAUCUCGGACAGACCCUUUGAGACUCAACCAUGGUGAACUAUUGGGUAGGCUUGAAUGGAAACAUAACUGAGAAUGUCUUUUGCUUUGGGGACAUUAGAAACAUAAAUACAAAGCCUGGCUGGAAAUAGAUUCAGAACACUAUGCUUUUGACUUUAAUAUAUGAACUCAAUCUCCCCAUUUUUCACUGUAGAGAGUUAUACAUGUCAUCAAAGUCAUUUGGUUUUCCAGUGCUAAAAAUAUAUUGCAGGACUAAAUGGAGUCUUACUUUAAGAUGUGAAAUGACUUUAUAAAAUCUUCACAGUAUGUCAGGCACCCACAACAUUUUUGAGUUGCUUGUAUCAUUUGAGAAUGUGUUGUGGAUGCUCACAAAAAUGAUUGCUGGGGCAGAGAAAGGAUUUUCUACUGACAGAAUGGCUCCAGACUACUGACAGAAUAGCUCUUUGCUCCAGACUGUUAGAAUACUACCACCACCAACUACCACCCCUGUUUCUCCAAGGACCCCUAGUUCACUUCUACUUCUACUAAGCUUUGUCCUUUUCUGGAUAGGUGGCUAUCUCCAGGUGGAUUUGAAAUACAGUAUCAUUCAUAUAUAUAUAUAUAUAUAUAUAUAUAUAUGAUUGGCAUUUUUCUUUAUGCUAGGUUUCCAAUUGUUGUAAUGCAUUAUUUUUUAAUAUGUAACGUGUGGUGGAACCAGGAGGCUGGUAGCUUCUAUGAGAGGAGUCUCUGCAAAGAUGGGAGGCCCCAGGAGAAACAUGGCUUAUAAAUUAGAUAAAAGAUAAAACUUGUUGUUUACUUCCUGCUGUUUUUUAAAAUGUCAAAAGCAAUGGAGACUUUGGUGUCUGUAAAACUCGUCAGCAGCCAUUCAGUUAUGUCCGAUCCAAGUCCAUUCUAUGUCUGCAAAACACAUUUUGUAUAAUACUCACCAACAUCUUCAAGUGGGUUUCUGAGUUGUUAAUUCAUAGAAGAGAUAAAUAGGUUUCUUCAUUCCACCUACCAAUAAGCAUUUAAAAACCAGUCAGCUGCUGUGGAAAGGAGGUCUGUGUAAGUAACAAUACAAUAGUAAUAAUAUAUUACUCCAGAUUUUGUACACCACUCAUACAAUGUUUCUAAUAAUUUCUCUUAUGACUGGUGAAGUAUGAUUUUUUUUUAACUUGACCAAGUGAGGAAUUCCUGCCCCCUCCCCCCAAACCGCACAUACACAAUUGCACUAGAGUAGAUCAAUUUACUCUAUCCUGAUAGUUGUUGCCAAAUCCUCUUGCUAAGAUAACGUAAAGCUUUUAUUACUGUAUGUAUUGCCACUUUAUUGGAAAUAUAAGACAACAGUUGCUGCUGCUGCAAGACUUGCAGAGAAACUAGUCAUGCCAGGUGCUGAAUGGGUCAGGGGUCGGGUCAGGACUGUUAUAAAGUGAGAGCCUGAGGUCUCAGCCAGCCCCAGGUCAUUUUAUGUGUGGCCUAAUAGCUUUUCUACAUUAAAAAAUUGUGUCAUUUUGUGUAUGGCUUUCAAGCUAAGAACUUAAAGGAUCAUUUGUUAAAUAAAUUAGCUUGACAAAGCUUGUAGUUCUUCUCCCUUGAAUUAGAAAAUAUUCAUUAUUUGUAGAGUUGAGGAAAAAAUAAACUGCAAAUGAUCCCCCCCCCGCCCCCUGGAAGUAUUUAAGCAAAGAUGGGUCUCACAUUGGCAGAUUUAGUAGAUAUAAAAUGAUGUAGGGCAGGGGUGUCAACAGGCAGGAUGCGUCAUGCACAGGCCAUGCCCACCCCAGCUCCACGAAUGGGAAAAACGUAAUGAAACAUCACGUGACGGCAAUGUGACGUGGUGAGUUUGACAUCCGUGAUAUAGAGGAACUAUAAAUCAAAAAAUAGAAUUUAUGGGUGUGCUCAAAUUUCACUGGCUGUUUCCUGGGAGUCAGCUUUAAACUUGUUCUUCAGGAUAAUGGUGGUGUGUGAAAAAAAACAUGUAGGAUCUUUUUUCUACAACUUAUCUUUGGAGAGGUAGAACCCUAACCUUUUAAAUGAGUUUGGGUUACAUUAGUUUGAGAGAAGAACGAAGAGGUUUUGUUUAUAAGAAUAGACAAAAGUUCUAUCAUAAAAGUAAUUUAAGAGGAUGUUUUGAAGAAGGAUGACACAAAGGUAGCCAUUGAUAGGGAAACUUGAACAAAUGGAAUCCCAGAGCUGGACAAUUCCCUCAUGUCAGCAAAACAUUUAUGCUUCCAACUUUCAAGACUAUCUCUGUGUGUGUUUGAGAUGAUUUUAUGAGGAAAAGACUUGCUCUAUGUAAGGGGCACACAAUGCAGUAGUUGUGAAGCUUAAGUGGAGAAGUGCGUUUUGUCAGUUUUUAACCAUCUAUUUUCAUUUUAUUCAAUUAGCAAAUAGAUAAUAUUCUUGCAAGGAAAAGUACAGAUAACAUUAGAAGUAAUUAAACCUGGAGAUUUAGGAACUAAAAGUUCUCAUUUAUCGAAAAUAUUGUAUCUUUGGUGGCAAUCCCACAGAUUUUGGCACUACAUAAUGUCUGGAAUACAGUGGAGGAUAGAAAAUGUUUCUUUUUCAAAUUCUAUAUAUAGUGCAAAUAAUCUACCUAUCAGCAUUUUUUCUUCUUCCCUCUGCCACCCAUUUUUGUUCUAAAACUUCAGAAAUGUCCAUUUUUUCACCUAUAAAAAUUCACCUUAGACCAGGGCUGUCAAACUCAUGGCCCACGGACUGGAUGCGUCACGUGCUAGCCACGCCCAUACCUGGUUUGGCAAAUGGGGGGAAGUUGUGAUAUGUCACGUGACGCCACUGUGAUAAUGCAAGUUUGACACUCCUCCCUUACACAAAUAUUUUAAAGAGUUAUGGCAACAAUGUUGGCAGAAGCAACCUUGAUAUCCACAGUGUAUGUGUCAUGUAAGACUGUUUGCUCUAGUGGUUAAGGCAUAAUGCUAGAAACCAGGAGAGUAAGAGUUCUAGUCCCACCUUAGGUAUGUGACUUUGAGCCAAUCACUCUGGCCCAACCUCAUAGGAUUGUUGUGGGAAAAUAGGACAAAGGAGUAUUACAUAUAUUUGCCACCUCGAGUUAUUUACAAAAUAAUAAAGGUGGGAUAAAAAUAACAUUAAAUAUGUAAUUUUGCAGUCUCAUAUUUUAGAGUUGCCAGGUUGAGAUACACUGUUAAAAGUAUCUGAAAAGGCUUUUAUCCUGUUUGGAAAAGAUAUUUCUUCCUGUCCACUCUUUUCCCCUGAAAGUUUUGGCUAGAAAUAAGUCCGUAUGAAAAAUAUAUCUGUGUGCAAGCAGGAUCAUUCCUUUCCAUUUGUUUUAGGCAGUUCUCCUAUCUCCCAGCUAUGCUAAUGCUAUAUAUGCCUUUGUGUGCUCAGCUUGAGGAUACAAGGAAAGCAACUUCCCCCUGUUUGCCAUCUGGCUGGUGUCCAUUCUCUUGGAGGUCUGGCAUUCUGCAUGGGGGACAGCCACCUGGAAGGCCUGAUUGGUUUGGUAUCCUUCCUUGAAGGCAAACACAGGAAUACUAUACUCUGACACAUUGCCAGCCUCCAGAAUAAUAUUAGAAUUAGUUUCAAAACAUAUCCAGCAACUUGGCCUUAACAUAUACGCACAUGUUUUAGGGUAGAGCUGCUAAUGGCAGGGAUGUAUGUAUGUAAGUGAAAUUAUGGGUAAAGAAUCCCUUUUGCUCAAAACUAUUGACUGCCUUUUAGCACCAUUUCAAAAAAUUGCUCAAUCUUUGCUUAAAAUUCUAUUUGUUUGAGUUGGAGAUAAGAAAGCCCAAAAUUUGGUCAGGCCCAGUGGAGUCCUAGGUUGAGCAACAUGUAUUUCUUCAAGCACAUGAGAAUACAGUUAUCUGCCAUACUUGGAACCUGAUUCCUGGACUGUUGUUAAAGAAAUAAUGUAAUCAAUCAUUUCAGAGAAGUUUAAAAGAAUGUAUAAAUGAAUGGUUCAUUAAACAUAGAUUUCCUGCUCUUAAUCUUUAUGUAUUUCAAGACUUUUUAUUAGAAUAAAAUUAAAAUGGAGGAAUUAAUUUCAAAAGUUCCAAGUUUAAUUAUAUGUUUCCAUUAAAAUACUGAACAAUUCCGAUGAAAAGAGGA